AUGGAGACUAUCUCCCGGAUAUCGUCGAUGCUGGAAACAGCUCGAGAGCUCACUCUUGAAGCAGCUCAGUCCGCAGCAAUGACCAGAGGCUCCAGUACAGGCCUUACGUCCCACGACGUGACCAUCUCACAUAUCAAAAAGCUACUCGAUAGUCGUCAUGAUCGGGAAGUCCUGGAUGGCAUGCGCAGAGUGAUCACGUUGAUGUAUCGCUCCGAGCCCUCCCUUCCUUUCUUCUCGGCAGUCGUCAAGAAUGUCGCAAAUGCGAAUAUCGAGGUUAAGAAGCUUGUUUACAUCUACCUGGUUCACCACGCUGAGACCGAGCCCGACCUUGCGCUCUUGUCCAUCAACACGAUCCAGAAAUCGCUUACGGAUCAAAGCCCCCAGGUACGGGCCAUGGCACUCCGCACAAUGUCCGGCAUCAGAGUGCCAGUGAUCAGCCAGAUCGUUUCCCUUGCAAUUAAGCGUGGUUGCGGUGAUAUGAGCCCGCAUGUCCGCAAAGCAGCUGCCCUGGCCAUUCCGAAGUGCUAUCGACUGGACCCGAGCACUCUGCCGCAGUUAAUAGGCUACCUCUCUACGCUACUAGGCGAUACCCAGUAUUUCGUCGCUGGGCCGGCUGUCUCUGCUUUCUUAGAAGUUUGUCCCGAUAGAAUCGAUCUUAUCCACAAGCACUACCGUGCUUUGGUCAAGAAGCUUGUCGAUAUGGAUGAAUGGGGCCAGAUCGCAACAUUACGCCUUUUGACUAUCUAUGCCCGAAAAUGCUUCUACGAUGAUGAAGAGGGAGAUGACGAGGGUGGCAAGGAAUACGAAGUGCCCAUAGUAGAUCCUGAUCUUGAGCUUUUUCUGCGCUCCUGCAGGCUACUUUUACAAAAUCGUAAUUCCGCAGUCAUUGUGAAUAUCGUUCGCUGUUUCCUGUAUCUCGCCCCGCCAGAGUACCUUGCUGCAGUUGUUGGUCCUUUGGUCGCUCUACUCCGAAGCCCUCAGGACGUGCAGCAUAUUGUGCUCUACAACAUUGUUGCUGUUUGCUUGCGUCAUCCCGCGCCUUUCAGAAAAUAUGUCUCUCACUUCCUCGUCCGUGCCUCAGAUCCACCUCAUAUCUGGCGUCUAAAGCUUGAGAUUCUCACGAUCCUUUUCCCUCAUUGUGGUAUACACUUGAAGGGCGUGAUUCUUAGCGAACUCGAACAUUUCUCCCAGGGAACGGAUCCCGACCUGGUGCGUGAGAGCGUUCGCGCAAUCGGACGCUGUGCGCAAAGCGACCCUAGCACGGCUGGUCAUUGUCUUCGCCUACUGCUCAACCAAAUUAUUAGCCUGGACGACAAUCUAGUAUCUGAAUCCUUGACUGUGAUCCGACAUCUAAUCCAGCAAGAUCCAGCUUCGCAUGAACAAACGGUCAUUGAGUUGGUGAAACACCUCGGAUUGACGAAUAAUCCGGAUGCUAGAGCGACUAUUGUAUGGUUAGUCGGGGAAUAUGCGGGUACAGAACCGGAGAGGAACUUUGCGCCAGAUAUUCUGCGAAUUCUGGUACAGGACUUUGCCAAUGAGGCAGAAGCCGUGAAACAACAGAUUGUUCUCUUAGGGGCUAAGGUGUAUCUACACUACCUUAUAAGGAACCCUCCCAAGGAGGAACAGCAGGCAAGCCCCAAGGUCGAGCAGCAAUAUAAGAAUGAGUGGACCGACGAUCAGGAUGAGGAGAAAAACGAAGAAAACAAGCACGAUGAACAGAAAUCUGAACCGGAGGAAGAUAGAAUUACUCUCCUUUGGAGAUAUCUUCUCCUCCUUGCUAGAUAUGACAGCUCAUAUGAUCUACGUGACCGUGCUCGACUAUACAAAGCUCUUCUUUCUUCACCUUCCUCGACGCAGCUUGCGAACUUGCUGCUUCUCGCACCGAAACCAGUACCCCACGCCCCUAGCCCAUCUGAGACAAGAAAGGAUCUUUUGAUUGGUUCUUCUACCUUGAUUGUUGGCCCGGACGCGGGUCCUCAUGGUCUCACAGGUUAUAAAAACCUCCCUGACUGGGUUGAGUUAGGGAAAGAACCUGAUCCCAGCCUUCGGGAACCAGAUGUCAAAUCCGAACUUACAGAAAAAACACCUGCGACUGCAGGUGAACGUCUUGAUAGAGCCCUACGUGAGCAUCAGAACACUGUCGCGGCUGCAAGUAGACAGCCGAACGGGCGCAUGCCAGCAGCGGCAUCGGCGACGAAGAAUAAGACUCUCGAUCAAUGGUUAGAGGACGAUGAAUCUGAAGAAGAAACAGAGUCGGAAGAAGAGGUUACGGACUCUGAGGAGGAGACUGAAGAGGAGACUGAAGAGGAGACAGACGAGGAGGAAGAAGAUGAGGAGGAGGAGACCGAAGAAGAGACAGAUUCGGAUGACGACUUAACCCCCUAUGAGGAUCUUUACAAGUAUUUCCAUGCGCAUCCCGAACUUUCUCGGCAAGAGAAAUCUACAUCGGAAAAGCUCGCGGCACAUCUGGCCCAGCUGAACGUCUAUGAGCUUCAUACCAACAUCGGAGGAUACGGCCUAGCGGGUGUGUUUCGAAAUGGCGAGGGCAAGACUGUGCUCCUGCGAGCGGACAUGGACGCCCUGCCAGUCAAGGAGAUGACCGGGCUCCCUUAUGCAAGCGUCUCCACCAUGCGCGAUACGGAAGGGAAUGAAAAGCCGGUAAUGCAUGCUUGCGGUCAUGAUAUGCAUAUUACAUGUCUCCUAGCAGCAGCAGAGACGCUUGUAAAGAUGCGGGAUGCGUGGAGUGGGACUUUAAUUGUGCUGUUCCAACCAGACGAAGAGCGAGGUGGAGGCGCGCAGGCGAUGGUUGACGAUGGGCUUUAUUCUAAGAUUCCGGUUCCUGAUUACGUCCUUGGUCAGCACGUCAUGAGAAUGCGGGCUGGAAGUGUUGGCUCUCGCCCUGGAGCCAUCAUGGCUGCUGCCGACAGCAUGAAGAUCACAGUCUUUGGGCGUGGCGGCCAUGGAUCUCAGCCUCAUCAGACGGUGGAUCCAGUGAUUCUUGCUGCACACAUUGUUAUUCGACUACAGAGUAUCGUGAGCAGAGAGAUCAACCCAAGCGACCUCGCUGUCUUGACCGUUGGAAGUCUCCAGGCCGGGCAGACAGAGAACAUCAUUACCGACAGAGCCGAGAUCGGUGUUGACUUUCGAUCUGUUAAAUUAGAGAUCCGGGAACAAAUCAUCUCUGCAAUUAAGCGUAUCGUCGAGGCUGAGUGCGCGGCGAGUGGCUCACCCAAGCCCCCUGUGUUCACUCCGACAAGGCGCUUCCCGCCUACCGUGAACGACAAAGAUGCUGCAUCUCAAGUUGCCGCGACAUUCGCGACUCACUUUGAGGACUUCGAUGACGACGUACCGCGAACCAACGUUAGUGAAGAUUUCUCUACGCUGGCAACCUGCCGAGGGAUCCCGAGCUGUUUCUGGCUUCUGGGAGGCAUUGAUCUUGAACUGUGGGAUCAGGCACAGGCAGAUUCUCGCACGGAAGAGAUCCCCGGGAAUCACUCGGCGCUUUUCGCACCUGUUAUCCAGCCAACGAUGAGAGUUGGAGUGGAUGCGUUGUGCCUUGCUGCCUUGACUUUCUUGAAAAAGUGA